UCUAAACAGAAAUUUGUUUUGAAAUAAAAAAUCGAAGUAUAAAUAUAAGUUUACUGAAAAACAAAAAUUUCAUGAACCGAAAAUGCACUACUGUACUGCUAUGCGGUUAAGACAAGUACACAAUAGCUCCCGGAGAUCAUUACAGAGCUCGAAGCCUAGAACUACAAAUUCAUUAGACAGAACUGAACAUCAUGUAUCUGAUGAAAAACUUUUUCAUAAAGUUAGUGUCAGAACAGACUCAGACAUUGUCAAAAACAACAUGGCUAUUACUAAUUACAUGCGCAUUGGCCAAUGUGAUUCUGCACAAGGUCUGUUUGAUUCACUGUCUCGGCGUAGUUCGGUUACUUGGAAUGCAAUGAUAUCCGGGUACCUGUCUAAUAAUAGAUUUGAGCUGGCGCACAAGAUGUUUGAUAAAAUGCCCGAGAGAGAUUUGGUUACGUGGAAUGUGAUGCUUAGUGGGUAUGUUAAGAAUGGUAAUCUUGGAGCUGCUAGGGUGCUGUUUGAUCAGAUGCCUGAGAGGGAUAUUGUUUCUUGGAAUUCUUUGUUAUCUGGGUAUGCUCAGAAUGGUUAUGUUGAUGAAGCCAAAAUGAUUUUUGAUAGGAUGCCGCAGAAGAAUUCAAUAUCGUGGAAUGGGUUGUUGGCGGCGUAUGUGCAGAAUGGGAGGAUUGAAGAUGCUCAUAGGUUGUUUGAGUCGAAAGCGGAUUGGGCAGUUGUUUCGUGGAAUUGUUUGAUGGGUGGAUAUGUGCGGAAAAAGAGGUUUGUUGAUGCGAGAAGGAUUUUCGAUAGGAUGGUUUUGAGGGAUGAAGUUUCCUGGAAUACAAUGAUUUCUGCACAUGCACAGUGUGGGGAAUUGGUGGAAGCGCAGAAAUUGUUUGAUGCAUCUCCGAAACGAGAUGUAUUUACCUGGACAGCAAUGGUAUCUGGUUAUGUGCAAAAUGGUAUGUUGGACGAAGCUAAAAAAAUAUUUGAUGAAAUGCCGGAAAAGAAUUCUGUUUCGUGGAAUGCAAUGAUUGCAGGGUACACCCAAAGGAAUAUGAUGGACAUGGCAAGGGCAUUGUUUGAAGCAAUGCCUUGUCCCAACAUUAGUUCAUGGAAUACAAUGAUAACUGGGUAUGCACAGAAUGGUGAAAUUGCUCUUGCUAGGCAUUUGUUCAACCAAAUGCCCCGUCGUGAUUCGAUUUCGUGGGCAGCAAUGAUUGCAGGAUAUGCUCAAAGUGCUCAAAGUGAAGAGGCAUUGAAUCUAUUUGUUGACAUGAAGAGAGAUGGAGAAAGGAUUAAUAGAUCAACUUUUACUUGUGUUUUAAGCACAUGUGCAGAUAUUGCUGCACUAGAGUUGGGUACACAAUUACACGGAAGGGCUUUCAAGGCUGGGUUCGAGUCUGGGUGCUUUGUAGGGAAUGCACUUCUUGCAAUGUAUUGUAAGUGCGGAAGUAUUGACGAAGCAUAUGAUGUAUUUGAAGAUAUCACGGAUAAGGACGUAGUCUCUUGGAACACUAUACUUGCUGGUUAUGCAAGGCAUGGUUUUGGUAAGAAGGCUCUGAAUAUUUUUGAUUCAAUGAAGGUGGCUGGAGUUAAACCUGAUGAAGUUACAAUGGUUGGUGUUCUAUCUGCAUGUAGUCAUACUGGAUUAGUAGACACAGGAUCAGACUAUUUUUACUCAAUGACUCGUGAUUAUGGCAUAACUGCAAAUGCAAAACACUAUACUUGCAUGAUCGAUCUUCUUGGUCGAGCUGGGCGCUUAAAUGAUGCAAAAAAUUUGAUGAAGAAUAUGCCCUUUGAACCUGAUGCUGCAACGUGGGGUGCUUUACUUGGUGCAAGCAGGAUAUAUGGAGAUACAGAAUUGGGAGAAAAAGCUGCUCAGAUAAUUUUCCAGAUGGAGCCUGAGAAUGCUGGUAUGUAUGUUCUUCUCUCGAAUUUAUAUGCAGCUUCCGGUAGAUGGGGUGAUGUUCGGAGAAUGAGAUUAAAGAUGAGGGAUACAGGGGUAAAGAAAGUGCCUGGGUAUAGUUGGAUUGAAGCUCAAAACAAGAUUCACACAUUCUCUGUUGGCGACGAACUCCAUCCUCAGCGCGAAAGAAUAUAUGCAUUCUUGGAAGAGUUAGAUUUACGGAUGAAGAAGGAGGGUUUUGUUUCAUCAACAAAAUUAGUUUUACAUGAUGUAGAAGAAGAGGAAAAGGAGCACAUGCUUAAGCAUCAUAGUGAAAAAUUAGCAGUUGCUUUUGGAAUUCUAACCAUACCAGCUGGAAGACCUAUACGCGUGAUAAAAAACCUGCGAGUGUGCGCAGACUGCCACACCGCGAUCAAAUACAUAUCAAAGAUAGUGGGAAGGGUGGUUAUCUUAAGGGACUCUCACCGCUUUCAUCACUUUAGUGAUGGGCUCUGUUCAUGUGGGGAUUACUGGUGAUGGUGAGUGUAAAGACUUGGUAACAGAUUGUAAUUAGAUUAUGAGGCUUUCCAUACCUAGUGCUUGAUGGUCUGGAGUACUUGGCUUAUUGAGCAAUGUUCAUCAGUGUUCCAGUCAGAAAAUGGAAGGCAGUGCUGUUGGACUUUGAUGUCCUGAUAUUGUAAUGGCGGUAACUUCUGUAGCUGUAACACCAGUUUGUAGGCAUUGUAAUAGAAAAAAAGGGGGAAGCUGGUCAUCUCAUUUUUUCUCCAGUAUAAUGCAUUUACUUCGUUUGGCAAGUUAAUGCUGUUGGUCCAAUCGCUACUGAUAAGGGGAAUUAAUUAUUUUGAUAUUAACAGCCCUAAUAUACAAAAUGCAUGGUAGAAUAUGGAGAUUGACGAGCUUAUGUUGUUGUGGAGUAGUGAAUUUCUGUGCCUUUAUUACCCGGUUAAACUUGAUUUUCAGAUUAAGUCCACCUUCGCAGCCUCUACAUUCAGUGAUAUUUGGAAUCUGGGUACACCAUUCAGUACAAAUCUCCUGUCAUUCAGUUGCACUAUUUGUUGGAGUAUCUGAUGGUCUACAGAGAGGCAAUAUUUCCAAGUUGAGGUAAUAAAUACCUUGCUAUAUGGCAUUAAUCAUGACACAGUUAUAUCAUGCUUUAUGCUUCUGAGUGUUUCCAUUAUUGUCCGCUACUUGGAAGGCAGUGCUGUUGGACUUUGAUGUCCUGAUAUUGUAAUGUCGGUAACUAAUGUAGCUGUAACCCCAGUUUGUAGGCAUUGUAAUGGAAAUAAAUGGGGAAGCUGGUCAUCUCAUGUUUUCUCCACUAUAAUGCAUUCACUUCGUUUGGCAAGUUAAUGUUGUUGGUCCAAAUGGCCACUGAUAAUGGGAAUUAAAUAUUUCGAUGUUAACAACCCUAAUAUACAACAUGAAUGGCAGAAUAUGGAGAUUGACGAGCUUAUGUUGUUGUGGAGCAGUAAAUCUCUGUGCCUUCAUGACCUGGUUAAACUUGAUUUUCAGAUUAAGUCCACCUUCGCAGCCUCUACAUUCAGUUAUAUUUGGAAUCUGGGUACACCAUUCAGUACAAAUCUCCUGUCAUUCAGUCACACUACUUGUUGGAAUAUCUGAUGGUCUUCAGAGAGGCAAUAUUUCCAAGUUGAGCACGAUGAAGAGGUGUCGGAUCUCUUACUGCCUACAUGGGAUUACUCACGAGUUAGCAUGAUGAUAUUUGGAGAAUUGAUCAACAAGUCUAAGAAUGCGUACACAUAAAGUAAUAGCUUGGUUUAGCAUUGCUGUUGGAGGGGAGGCCACUCUGACCAAAGGCUGACUCAAGGACUUUUUAAAUAUUGUUAGGCUUAUCUUCUAGUGUAGCCUAAUUGUCUUCCAGCUACCCAUAUGUAAUCUGGGAUCCUUGCAAGGUGCUUUUUAAAGUAAUCUCCAUUAGGAUCCUCAACCCAACAAGCAAGCAUACAUAGUACCUGUUCGAAUUUCGUGCAAUUUAAGUGCUAGAUGUCAGAAGUGAACUACUAACUUGAUAAAGAGAAGGAAUACCAAUUAUUGGGCCGAGAAAUGUACCUGAUGACAAUAAAGUGAGGAUGAAAUUCGGAGCAGCACAAGUAUACCAAGAAAUGAAACGGGGAGGAGUGAGUUACCAAUGGUGGAAGGAAAAAUAAUGGGCCAGCAUUUUCUGCAGGCCAAUGACCAUCACUGGCCUGCAAGGCUGCAAAAAAGCGGACAGCUCGUCGUAAUGUUGUCGUGGCCGUCUCGUAGGUGAUUUCUUCCUCAUUUGCAACCUUUAUUUGAGAACACAAAGUGGAGAAGAAGAAUAGAACCUGCAUUGCCAACAAAGUGUUGGUGUGGCGGUAGAGCUCCUGUACCCCCUUGCGGGAGGUCGGGAGUUCGACUCCCCACGUGUGCGUGUGUAAUCAAUUAGCAAAAAAAAAAAAAGAAUAGAA